GUGGUGGAUCAAUUUUAUACAAUAAAAAUUUCGAACAUAUUAAACAUGAUUUAAAGGAACAAUAUUUUAUCGAUGUGAAUGACGAUCCAAAUGGCCACCAACAACCACAAACACAACAGGAAGAAAGAGAUAUGAUUUUCUAUAAUUUUAAAUUACAUGAUUAUGAUGAUAAUCUACGAUUGGAUGGUCUAGAGAUUUUAUCAUCAAUCUAUCAUGACAUGGAACCAUCAUCAAAUGAUGAUUUGAAAAAGAUGACCAGCGACCAGUUACGUCAAUAUUGGCAUGAACAAAUUUCGCUUGAUGCAGGUAAAAUUGAUCAAAUUUUAACCCUUUUUGAUCUAGAUAAUGAUGGCUAUAUUUCAUAUGGAGAAUAUUUGCUUAGCCUGAAUAUUUGAAAAAACCAAAAUCAAUCAAUCAAUCAAUCAAUCAAUCGAUCAAUUU